ACUUUCUGCAGCUGUGGCUCCGGUACUGCUGGGAUGCUGCCAAGUCCGCCAAGGAGACCAGCCGCUGCUUCCGCUGGGAGCUCGUCAAAUUGAGAGGUGAACAUGGUGACUGGCAGGUGUCUUCUGUGAGGAGUGGCAGCGGCAGGGGCACAGCGAGCGAAGACUGCCU